AGUACACACUCUGGUAGUGGCAGCAGCGCGUGCAGAGCUUCAGCUCUAUGUAAACUGAGCGUUUAUCAUCAGUCAUGGCCGCCGGAGUCCUCCCCAUCUUUCCUCCCGGUCGACUCUUUUUUUAAUAAGAAGAAGAAGAAAAAAGGGGGAGAAGGGGAGGAUUUCUGUUUUUGAAGAGCGCGGUCCCACAUUGAUUUGGAUCUAGGAAUUACGGUACAUCUCGCAAGGGAAAACACCAUUCAUGUCAAUACUCCAAAAUGCAGCCGCCGCCGAGGAAGGUCAAAGUGACACAGGAGCUAAAAAACACCCACACAGAGCAGAUGACAAGACUGCACUUUAAGCAUCAGACUGAAUGCGACCUGCUGGAAGACAUGAGGAGCUAUAGUCUGAAGAAGGGACAGCUGGAGCGGGACUACGCUCAGGCUCUGCAGAAAUUAGCAAGUCAGUACUUAAAGAAAGACUGGCCUGGAAUCAGCCCUGAUGACCAGAGAACAGACUACAGGAAUGUGUACGCAGUGUGGAGAGCCUACCUAGAGGGUACAGUUCAGGUGAGCCAGUCGAGGCUUAAUGUAUGCGACAACUACAAGAGCCAAAUAUCAGAGCCGGCCAAGACCAUCAGACUUUAUAAGGAACAGCAGCUCAAAAAGACCAUUGAUCAAUUGAGUGGCAUUCAAGCAGAGCUGCAGGAGUCAGUUAAAGAGUUGGCAAAAGCCAAGAAAAAAUACUACGACUGUGAGCAGGUUGCCCACGCUGUACGAGAAAAGGCAGACAUAGAGGCCAAGUCUAAACUGGGUCUUUUUCAGUCAAGAAUUAGUUUACAGAAAGCAAGUGUAAAGUUGAAAGCUAAGAGAAGUGACUGUAACUCCAAGGCGACGCAGGCCAGGAACGAUUACUUGCUAACGCUAGCUGCUGCCAAUGCUCAUCAUGAUCGCUACUACCACACAGAKCUACUGCACUGCAUACAGGCCUUGGAUGGAAGAAUCUACGAGCACGUGAAAGACUACCUGGUGGCGCUGUGUCGCACCGAGCUGGAGGCCUCACAGGCUACACACAACACCUACCARUUCCUUUUAGAAAAAUCCACCAGGAUAAUCCAAGAGUUCAACCAGCAGUUGUUCAUGCAAGAGAAUCCUGUAUUUCACAAAGCACAUGACUUCCAGUUCCAGCCCAGUGAAUAUGACGCGACUCUGAGCUCGGUGCAGCAGUUGGUGGACAUUGAGCCGUCGCCCGUCAGUGCCAUGAGAAUGACCCUGGCAGAGAGCCGUCAGCUGGAAUCAGAGUCGGGGACAACCGAAGAGCACAGUCUGAACAAGGAGGCACGAAAAUGGGCCACCAGAGUGGCCAGAGAGCACAAGAACAUCAUUCAUUACAAGAGAUCCCUGGAGGAGUGUGAGAGCCACGGCCUGCCCCCCACCGAGCAGGGCCGACUAGAUCUGGAGUUGAAGAUUGAAGACACCAAAGAGAUGAUGCGCAAAGCUGAGACAAUAAAGUUGAAAGCUGAGGCUCGUUUGGACCUCCUCCGACAAGUGGGCGUGGCUGUGGACACCUGGCUGAAAAGCGCCAUGAACCAGGUGAUGGAGGAGCUGGAGAACGAACGCUGGGCCACCUACACCUCCCACGAUCCCUCGCUGUCGGUGAGACACUUUCCCCUCUCUGCGCCUGUGUUACUGGGGUUUUGCCAAGCGUGCAUAUUUUUAAACUUGUCAUCACAAAACCAAGGUGUCCCC